AUGGCCUCGUGCGUCUACCUGACACGCCAGCACACACGUACACACUCGAGAGGAGGGUGCGCAAGUGGAAUGUGUCCUCGCAACUGUCCUUGCUGGACGGCGCGACGCGUCGUCAAUGCCAUCAGUCGGAAUGGUCCGGCUCUCUCGCUCCGAGAAGCGGAUCAACCCGCAAGAGUGGUCGUCGAUGUCGACGACGCCAACCGGCUCCUUCACACUCGCCACACGCCGACGCACAGUGGGCUUUUCUGCGUCUCACCCACUGCACACCUCCGAGUGUACCCUUCUCCACACGGUUGCCACGAGAUGGGUUGUUUUGUGUUUGCCGCGCGCUUCGGAUUCGAGGGACGGGCAGGCGACGACUUGUUUGCGCAACCCAACAACAUUAUUCCCUCCUCCCCGGCUCCACCGAUCCGACGGCAUGGUGUGAAACCGACUUACGAGCCGGAAGGCUCUCUUCAAAAACCCCCUUCUUUCUACACUUGCUUGCUUGUGUGUCCGUUUUUGGUGCUGCUCUCGGUUUGUGUUGGGCUGACUUCCCUCGGGACCGGCGUUCGCGUCGAAGCCAGGAGGACUCGGCCUCAUCGGCGUCUGUCUCCGCGUCUGCGUCUGCGUCUGCGUCUG